AUGGCCAUUAUAAAGAAAAUGGAAGAAAUUAAAAACGAGAACAAAGUACUCCGCGACCAAAUGAGGGAACAUCAAGAAAGGGUCGAUAAGAUACCGGGUGCCCCAAAACUGCUACCAAAACAGGAUGUCGGCCGGUUCGUCGAACAACUAUAUAGCGAGGAGGCAGUCCUGUAUGGCAUACCCAAGACCUUCAAAAUGCCACCGUAUUUGAAGAUAUACGACGGCACCACAGACCCCGAAGAUCAUAUCAUCCACUACGUCAUUGCUGUAAAAGGCAACAACCUUUCGAAGGAGCAGGUACCAUCAGUGUUACUGAAGAAGUUCGGCGAGACCCUAAUGGGGGGAGCCUUAACCUGGUACUCACAAUUACCAGCAUGUUCAAUAACAAUGUUCAAAGAAAUGGCCGACAAUUUCGUCACCGCCCACGCUGGGGCUAAGAAGGCGGAGGCUAGGGUAAAUGAUAUAUUUGUCGUUAGGCAAUCACCUGGCGAAGGACUCAAGGACUUCUUCGCUCGGUUUAACAAGGUAAGAAUGAGCUUACCAAAUAUAUCAGAAGGGAUGGCGGUGGCAGAUUUACAAAAUGGGUUGAAAAGGAAUGGGUCGAGAGCGACCGGAAUGUUAUUAAGCAGGCUCAUGAAAUACCCUCCCACCACUUGGGAAGAAAUUCACAACGCCUACUGCGCCGAGGUGAGAGUAGACGAGGAUGACCUUAACGGUCCAACCCAACGGUUAACGUCAGUCCAAACGGAGUCGAGGAAAGACCGUCACAAUGACGGUCGGAGAGAUCAGUUAGGACCACGUCUCAACCGAGACUGUCAUCAACCCUAUGUCAGAGCGGCCAUCCCACCAUCUCCUCGAUAUGCGGAAGGGCGGUCCAGGCCGCAUACAGGGACUCAACAAAACGAAAGAGGUAUGUCUCCACUCUUAUCUGCUCACAAUUUUUGUGUUUCCCCUUUAGAAAUAGUGUACGCGCUAGAGAAGCUGGGCACAAAGGUGAAGAGGCCACAAAAAAUAAAGUCCGACCCAAGUACCCGAAAGUCAAACGUCCUCUAUGAAUUUCACCAGGAGCAGGGUCACAAAAACGAGGACUGCAUAACCCUACAGCAAGAAGUAGUGAACAUGCUGAACCAAGGGCACCUGAGGGAGCUGAUGAGCGACCGGGGAUGA